AUGAGUUCCUUGAUCAAACAACAAUUACUCUUACAACAACAACAACAGCUUCAACAACAACAAUUACUUGCAGCUCGUUCCAAUAGAACUUCGUUAUCCUUAUUAAAAAAAACAAUUCCGAGAAGUCCGUUUUAUUCUGUCACUUCUACGAAACGAUAUGAUUUGUUGCAAGUGGGAGAGGCAAAAGACGAAACGUAUGUGAUUCUAGAAGAGCCAAUUGAUGGAGAUUUUUCGGGGGAUGUAAACUCGGAGCUGUACGAAAUUGCAUUUCUUGUCAAUCAAAUGGUUUAUUACGUUUCCUAUCAGUUUGCACAGGAAAUAACGAGAGAUGAAAUGGAAGAAUUAGAAAAGUUUGAGCAAGAAUGUUGGAUGGAAGAAUGUGAAAAAUUAGAAUCCAUGUUUAUCAACAAUACAUCAAAUAUCUCACAGAAAAUGCUAAAUCCAAAAAAAAAAGGAUCGAGCAACUCUAAAAGCAAACCAUCAAAGAAAUCAAUCAUGACUGGUACUGACGAUCUUCCUCCGCUAUUCUAUGAUCCAAUUAUGAAUGUGACCUCUGAUAUACUUCUCAAAAAACCCAAAGAAAAUUUAGUCCAAUUUUCUUACAGCAUUCCACUUUUGGGAGGAAGUACCAAUGGCAGUGGUGGAAUGUUAAAUAAGAGACUUUCUGAAAUUGCAAAUAUGCUGGCGGACACCAUCAAAAGAGAAAAGCGAGAAAAAAAGAAUUGA